GAGGGCGACGCCUAGCAUACAAAACGAUGAAUUAUUGUACACUGGCCAAUAAGCUGUGUGAUAGUACUACCUAGUUAUCCAAUCACAUAUUGAGCUUGGCUUUGUUGUUGGUGAUGACAUGAAAACAUUGUUGUUGCUGUAAAGCGAGGGGAGCUAGUGACAGGGUGGCCCUGAUUUGAGCGAUUCCUAAAGGCAUUUUUAUGCAAUUCAAGAUUUCUUGCUGCUUUGUUUAACGUCAAAAUAACUUUGGAGGCCUGAAGAGUGGCGAUGUCGGUUAAUAUGGACGAACUCAGGCACCAAGUGAUGAUAAACCAAUUUGUGUUGACUGCCGGUUGUGCUGCUGAUCAAGCGAAGCAGCUUUUGCAAGCGGCUCACUGGCAAUUCGAGACGGCUCUAAGCUCCUUUUUUCAGGAGGCCCACAUCCCCACUCACCACCAGAUGAUGUGCACACCCCGGAACACGCCGGCCACGCCCCCCAACUUCCCCGACGCCAUCACCAUGUUCUCCAAGCUGCGUGCGUCAGACUGCCCGUCGGGCUCCGCGGCCCCCGGUGCCCCCCAGGUCUCCAUGGCCUGCUCCCCCCCAGCACCCUCCUCCUCUACGGGCUUCUUCUGGGCCUCUUCCCCCCCUAGCCACCAGUCGGCCUGGCUGCCUCCGUCCUCCCCCACUGCCCACCACACACACCACCACCACUACCAGCACCACCAUCACAUGCACCAGACCCCCAUGUGGCCCCCCGUGCCCCAGGCAGUGGGGCCCCAGCAGCCCCCCGUGGUGUCGGCCUUCCACGGCCAGAGAUGAGACUCUACACCUGGGGAAGAGGGGAGGGUGGGGUGGGGGAGAGUGGCUGGA